AUGACUCAACGCAGAAGCGCACAAUACAGAUAUCAGCCGCCGCCACAGGCGCCUCUGCCACCGCUGGAACGCAUAAACGAGACCCACGUGUUCUGUUUCACGUACAUCGGUCCGCCGGAACGAUAUUUUCGCUGCCACGCCAUCGCCAUUCUCUUUUUGUGGCUCAUCUUCGUGUUCGGCCUCUUUUUCAAAGGAUCCGCCCCAUUUCAAUUGCUGAAACACUUAUGUAAGUGGAGAAAUUGAAAAAUUCCGAAAAAACGCAAGUUUAAUCGAUGAUUUUUCAGCUGUCCAUCUUCCGCGCUGGAUUCCGAUCACGAACUCCAUAAUCCAUCUGAUUUUCCUCGUGAAACCCUCAAAACCCAUCCUAAAGUUUGCUCUUUUAUACGCGUUCACCGCCGGACUCGUCUGCCUCUAUUAUGCGGCCGUUUUCUUUUACCAAGCUUUGGAUAGCGACAAAAAUAAGUCCGUGGUCGGAACGGCCUACAUGACGGGUCUUCUGUUCUACUUCCUCGCAGGUGAAUUUUUUUUUCGCCACUUUUUGCAAAACUUCUAGCAUUUUUCAGGUCCCAUCGGUCAACUCAUCCUUAUUCCACAAUUUGAAGCGCAAAGACGGAAAGAGGAACGGUAUGCGCGAAAAGAACUCGAAUAUCUGCUACGUUGACACAUUUUGCAAUUUAUUUAACCAUGUAUUCUUUAAAUCUGUGAUAAUUUCCCUUGAAAUGGACUAUUUUCGAUCCAAUUGUAUAAAUGUCGUCUAAUUUGCUCUUUUUUCUCGAGUCCUGGGUCGUUUCCCUAAUAUUGUCAUGUCUACAGCGCAAACGCGCUCCAUUGAGAAUCGCGCAAAAUGCUGCAAUUUCGGCGCCAAAUUUUUGACUUUCUGCGAAAAUUCGCCGUUAUUCUUUGUCGCUUUUCACACAGAUUUGACCGAUUUAAAGCGUGUUUUUGGAAAUUUCACUAAAAUUCUCGUGUUCAGAAUGCCGCAACGCAGAAAAUGGGAGUUCAGAAAUCGGCAGGCACCACUUGAACCACUUCCACCCCUUCGCCGCAUAACUCGGACCAAUUUUUUGUGGAUUGUAGCCGACGGACCGCCGAGCGAAGCGUUUCUCUAUCACUCGCUCACCACGUUCCUUUUUUGGCUCCUGUUCCUCAUCGGCAAAUUGACGCAGAAAAUAAGUUAGUAAAACAGUUGAAAAAUGCAGCAAUCAAUCGAUAUUUUUGUAGAUGUCGAAGUCCCGACGUGGGUUCCGUUCCUCAUGUGCAUCAUCUUCUUCAUUUUCUUCAUCAACCCCUCGAAUCUCGUCCUCAACUUUUGCAUCUUCCACGCCGUUUUCGUCGGACUAAUUUGCGCGUAUAACGCGUGGACAAUCUUACACGACAAUCCGACGGAGACCGGAUUUGAAUUUAUGUGGGGCUAUCUCGGAUACCUCUUUUGUUGUUAGUUUUAAGAAAAAAUUUGCUUAAAAAUUGUUGUUUUGCAGGUCCACUCGCGCAAAUCAUCCUUAUUCCACAACUGAAGACGGAAAUUCGACGAAACGAGCGUCAAGCGCGAAGAGAUCUCCUCAAUCGUCUGCGUUGA